ACUCGUCUCUAACAAAAUGGCAGGGAUUAUGAUGCUUUUAGCGACGAUUUUAGUGCUUUCAAAUUCGGUGGUGAAAGAUCAUGCUGCAGCUCUUGACUGCGGCGGCAAGCCGUCAUCGUGGGGUGGUGCAAAUUACAGAUUUGUGGGAAAGGGAGGCUUCAAGACCGUGCAAGCUGCCAUUGAUUCCAUCCCUUCUUACAACAAAUGGUGGAUCAAAGUCCAUAUCCAGCAGGGUACCUACGUAGAACAAGUGACGAUUCCAUAUGACAAGCCGUGUGUAUUUCUAGAAGGCGAAGGACAAAAGGAGACGACCAUUAUCUACAAUGGUCACAACCAGAUGGACCAAAGUGCUACAUUCUCUUCUUACCCUCCAAAUGUUGUAGCCAAGGGUAUCACCUUCCAGAAUUCGUAUAACCUCAGAACGAGCAUACCCAAAAUCUACAGCCCAAACCCAGGCACCGGCCCAGGCCCAAUUGACGGGAACCUCGUUGAUGAACCGUAUGGGAAUGGGAUAGUGCCGGCGCUAGCUGCAAGAGUGUACGGCGACAAGACGGCCUUCUACGACUGUUCGUUCGUCGGCGUCCAAGACACGUUAUGGGACGCCACCGGCCGACAUUACUUCUCCAAUUGCUACAUCCAAGGAGCCGUCGAUUUCAUUUUCGGUCGAGGCCAGUCUUUCUAUGAGAACGCAGAGAUAUACGCGACCGGAGGAGGCUACAUAACGGCGCAAGGCAGGGCAACAAUGAACGAUCCAAGUGGGUUUGUGUUCUUCGGCGGCUCGGUAGGAGCCUCCCCCGGCGUCUCGAUUUGCCUCGGCCGAGCUUAUGGGCCGUACUCGAGAGUCAUCUUUCAGUCGACUUAUAUGACCGCCGCCAUCGACCCUCAUGGCUGGGAUGCUUGGCGUUACGUCGGCCAAGAGAAAAAUAUCUUCUACGUCGAGGCUAAUUGUAAAGGACCAGGUUCGGACAGAUCGAAGCGAGUUCCAUGGGAGAAGAACUUGGACCGUUACCCAUCUCUCCUGAGGCAGUAUUCGAGGGAUGCGUUUGUUAAUCGUGAUGGUUGGAUUGGCAACCAACCCACCUCCUAAAUCCUGAUUCAAAUUUGUCUAACAAAUGAAAGUGUCUGAU